AGAUCUAACGUCUCGACGUGCAGAGUGUCGCUGCUCGGGGGAUGUUUCUCGACUUUAUAAGUACACUAUGUCACCAUGACUCUUCAUGGUGAUUAUAUAAUAUAAAGUGUAAUGUCACGAGUGGGCCCCCGGUUGAUGAUAAAUCCGUGAGUUGAGUGACAUUAGUGAGUAACGGGCUAGUGUUAUGGUACGGGAUCAAGAGUAUGUUUUGAAAUCUAGUGAUGCCCAGAGUGUGAAGGGGGCAACCAGGCGGUGCCGUCGGUAAGCUGCCAUUCUCAGCCUCUGGAUUUAAGAAAGCACGUUUAUGGCCAUGGAUUACCUCGAUGCUGUCAACUGAAGGCGACUGAUAACAUAAGGUAAAGAGAGAAGCGGAGAUGCCAGCGAGUGACGGAGGUCAAGUCCACUCACCAGACCUGUGGUGGAGGUCACCAGGGUACCAGUAGGAGUCGGGGUUGUGGACCCUGAUGUCUGCCGUGGACCCUGCUGCAGGGGACACGGGAGAGGACGGAGGCAACAUCCCCUUCAUCGACGACAGCGGCUCCUCCUGCGCCUCCUCCAUGAUGGGGGAGGAGGACGACACGGCCUCCCUCAGUAGACUCCUCGACGAUGCUGCCUCCAGGGAGUUCAGCAUUAAUGGCCUGCACGAUGAUCUUGCGUCACUCUCGUGUGGGUAUGCGUCUCUCGAUGCUCACAGUGAUGCGCAUAGUGAUGCCCAUAGUGACGCUCAUAGCGACGCCCACAGUGAUGCCCACAGUGAUGCCCAUAGCCGCAGUGACGUGGGCAGCAGUGGAGAGUCUCAGGAAAAAUCCCGGACGGGUUCCGGCAGAUGGUCGUGGCAGCAGUCGUCGCCCGGGUCACGAAGAACGUCCAAGUCGAGCAUCAAGUCUACAGAUAACCUGUAUGAAGAGCCCGCCGAGAACGACGACGACGACCAAAAGCAGCAGCCAGCACUCCCGCCUUCAUUACCGCCUUGUGACACGUGCGAGGACCGCUCCUCCACGUCGUCCUCCUGCUUCACUGGCACCUCCUCCUCUGUCCUCUCCUGCACCACUUGUGCAGCCGAGUCUGAUGCCAGACCUGAAGCUGAUCCUCCCAGGGACCCUGCACCUGCGGGAGACUUGGCGCCAAGGGAGCCCACGCACCCUCACCACCCGCCCGACGACGAGCGCACUUCUCUUCCCAGUAACUCUAAGACACCGGAGCCCUCUGACUGUGAGACGCCGCUCAGUAAUGGCCAGAUGACACCAAAUCGCCUCAGCCUCACAGUCAAGGAGGUGUGGAGUCCAGGCGGUGAGACCCCCGUGCCCCUGGGGGCAUCAACGCCUCAGGCGGGUGGCAGUGGCGGUGUGGAGGCCAAGUACGCAACGCCACAUCACUACAUAUCCUCUAUGCGAGUGGCUUCCAUGAGAGGCGCAGCAGACAUGGGCGGCGCCCUGGUGGCCCGCGUCGCCACCUUCCUCAGGACUCAGUACAAGAACCUUACCUCCAGUCCCCUUCAGUUGCCGUGGUGCCCCAGCUUCAGAAUGGUAGUGAGUGAUUUUGAGACGAGUAUGGUUCAAGUUCCUCUAGCGCCGCACCUCAAGGUUCCUCCUGGCUUCUUAACUAUACCAAACAUUCUUCAGCCUCAUCAGACGACAGUUGGAGAUCGACCAAAACGCAUCUUUGUUGAGGGAGACUCAGGGUAUGGCAUAAGCACCUUAGCCUUUAAGAUGGCAUAUGACUGGGCCUUUGACCCCACUGGCUCUUAUCUCUCCUCCUACAGCUUGGUGUUUGUCCUGACGUUACGUGACUUUAGAGGUGGCUGUUUAUUUUCCUACUUGUGUAAGGAAGUACUACCAAGACAUAUAUUAAGUAAAGAAGCUAUGAAUACUCUCUGGAAUCACCUGAAGAAAAUUGAAGAUAAGGUGCUAUUUUUGAUAGUUGGAUAUGAUGAGUUGAGUGAAGAGGAAAGUGGAGACAUCAGUGAGCUUGUCGAGGGACAAUUAUUUCCAAAUUCAACUUUUGUCAUCACUUCGCGCCGUGGAUCCUCCAAGCCUAUUCCAUCAGUAUUGCACAGGCGGCUCUUAAUAGCCGGACUUUCUCCUGAUCAAACACACAGGUUUAUUUCCCGCUAUUUUGAAGCUAUCAACAAACCUGGUAGUGGAAACGAGGUCCUGUCUUUAAUAUCUGUGAGUCAAGAAAAGUACCGAGAGCUGAUCAUGUGUCCUGUUAUGUGUUUAGCUUUGGGAGUUCUGUAUGAAGACUUGGGGGGUAAACUGCCUUCCAGACUUACCGAUAUGUACAUGUCACUUAUCAAGUAUAUGAUCAGAAAGAAUUUGAUCAGUAGAGGAGAACCCAUGUGCUAUGAUGUAUUACCCGACAAAUACAACAAACUAUUAUCGGACUUUGGAAAGAUGGCUUUGGAAGCUUUGAAAACAAAUGUUUCUUACUUUACUGGACAAGAUUUGAAGACCAAGUGUCAACAUGGAGGGGAGAUUAUUGAUCUUGGGAUCUUGCUGAGAAUGCAAUCCAUGUCAAAGCUAACCAAAAAGGACCACUAUACGCCUGUUCACAAGUCUUUCCUCGAGUUUUUAGGAGCUUUCUAUCUGUCGGGGCUCAUUCACGAUACCACUUUACUUCAAGCAGAAAUUGACAACAUUGCAGAAAAAUUGGACAUCUCGCAACCGAUACUAAGUCAAAACUCUGGUCUAAUGGUGCUCAAGUACUUGGUUGGACUGUUGGGGCGGAAUGCUCACAUCAUCUUCAACAUUGUUUCCCAGAUGGGUGUUCCACAAAGAAUACUGUUCUUGCUGCUGAAGGAGAGUGGCAUGUACCAGAUGAAUGUCUUAGAGGAGCGAGCGACUAGCAUGUACCAGAAGAAUGUGGUGGAGGUAUGCAAACAUGUAUCGGGACGAGAGCACGUUGUAAUCCAGACCAAUUCAGGUGAGCUGGAGGACUGGGGUCGACUUUUGUAUUCUCCGGACUGUAUGCUGGAGGGAGUCGAGGUUCUCCUGGACUUUGAUGGCAACUCCAAGGAUAAGCACGAAUCCUUCUUCACAUCCAUGUCAUUCAAUGAGAGUGUCAAAAGUGUGAAAUUGACAUGCGUGGUUGGGGGUGACUUUGGAGAGACAGAGGUGACAAGAUUAGUAUCGUAUGUGCGAGCUGUCCUUACAAAGCGUCGCUUGGAGUCCUUUGAAAUACAGGUGACAUCAUUAGAAGAAGCAACUGCUGAAAUUCUAAGCCCUGUUGUGGAAAUGAUCUGUGAUACACUGCCAGAACUAGCUCAAGCCCUCAACAAACUAGUAGUUGCUUUAGAGUUGGAUGGAGAGCAGGUAAUGCAGCUGUGCCAAGUAUUACAGAUGGCGCCACAGGUGCGUGUGCUCCAUCUCCCACACCUGGCUUGUGGACUGGAUGGUCUUAAAGCUGUUGCACGUUUAGUGGAGAAUAACCCCUUAGUAUCGCUCAACCUUGCUGGCUCUCUCAGCUCUGGUACUCCAGUGGAUGAGAGAUCUACAGGAACUGGUGCCAGUACGCCAUCACCUACCCGGGAAGACACUCCAGCUCCUCUCUCAUUUUGGAGCUUCACCGAUGCACAGGGCAACACACGCUCGGUUUUCAACUCGCUUCCACGAUCUUUCUACCAGUCACUUCCCAGACGGGGAAGACUACACGCACUUUCUGCAGAAAAGAGAAAUUCUGACACUACACUUCUCCAAAAGACAUCAUUCCCACCACCAGCUUGCAGUCCAUUAGUUCAUUCUAAUGGAUUUCAUGAAAUCUUCUCAGCAUUCCGUAACCCAUCUUCCAGAGUUUGCCAUUUAAAUAUUAGUAAGUGUACAAUGGGAGCCGAGGACUUGGUAUGCCUUGGUGAAACUGUCCGCUUUACAAAGUGUCUUUCGUCUUUGAGGAUGGAAGGGCUGUCUAGAAUGGCCGAGAUUAUUCCAGUCCUUAUAGCAUUACAGGAAAAUACCAGUCUUCAGCUGCUUGACCUGACGUCUCCUCACAUUCUCCUGGGCGAUGCUGCUUUCCAGGUCACCCUCAAUGCUCUCACUAAAAACAAAUCGCUAAGGUUUUUGGUACUAAAUGGAUGGACCAUUCAAGUGGAGAGUGAACGAUCUCUCAGAGAGUUGAUCCAGUUCUUAACAGUGACUGAACUUCAGCAUCUUGACCUGGGAAGUUGUCAAGUGAUGGUCACUGUGCAUGAUGGGCCCUUGGCUCGUCUCUCAAGACAGGAUGAUGUGGUAUCUGCACUUCAGGAAGGCGUUCCACCAUUACACAAUAACACCCUGGCCUUUUUGAACUUGGAUAACUUUGAGGUAACCUUGAACAAUAAAGUUGUUUUGAGGGGACCACAACUACUCUUCUUGCUCAGGCACUUUCCCAAGCUAGUUGAUGUCUCUCUGACAUCCAGUCUUGGAGCUGAUGUAAUUGAUGAUGCUACAACACACAGACUCUUCACUCUCUUGCCUGGAUCAUUUCCAUUCCUCCGGAGACUGACGCUGGGUGGCUGGGUGUUUUCACUAGACAACUGUGAAAAGGUGAUGCGAGCUGGGGGAAAACAUCUUCGAGGUAGUCAGCUGCGAGAAGUGUUGUUAGGUGGAGUGGAAGUUCGAGAAUCUAGUGGGAAACCUGGCAUGGAGCACACCCUUCUCCAAGCUCUCACCACUAACCUCCACCACCUCUCUCUCCUUUCCCUUGCUGGGCUUAAACUUACCCCAACUCAAGCUGCAUUAUUUGGUAAGACUCUGCGAGACAAAUUGGCAUCAUCUACUCUAGAGCUGGAGACACGAGGGCUUGGGUAUGCUGUCAUCAAGGCGUUGAGACAGGCACUCACGGAUGGUGGCAGAUACGAGUUUGAGUUCCUCGGUGGCCCCUCAGGCAUGUACAAACUGAAGAAGGUAGACAGAAGGGAAAAGUUAAUUGGUAAAUGGGCCUGCAUAUCUACUCUGGAUAGAUUAAGUGAAUUGUAAUUUUUUUUUAAAUGUGAUGAGGCUAUUGUUUAUAUUCUUACAAUAAAUGUAGUUGAUAGUCAUUUAUACAAAAUUAUACAGGCACAAAUGCUGAACUUUACGCAAUUAUUCAACAUGAGGUGAUGGAUGCAUGUGAUGGAUGCUCUUCGUAAGGUGUUAUUUAGUAGAUGAUCUAGUGUUAUAUAGCUGGUUACUAUAUAUUUCCUUAAUGAUGAAAAUAUGAGUGAAGUUGAUAUACUUGUUGGUAUAUUUAUAUGAUAAUGGCAGCCAUUAUCAUCAAAACACUUGCAGUUCACCAUAUGCCCAUGGUUCUGAAAAGAAUUAGUAUAAAAUUUGUAUAAUGUACCGACAGAUACUUGUGCUUUGAUAAUACAAAUCUAAUGUUACGACUGUCGUAAGUACAUGGCAAAGCAAAACAGGAUUUUAUGGCAAUGGUGCUUUUUAACCCUGUGCUUCCAAGCAGAGUUUUGCCUUAACCACAAAGUUUAGGCAAUAUACAGUAUUUUUUUUUUUUAAACACAUGGACACAAAAUAUUAGGUUUCUGAUGUGCCCCUAAAUAUUUGACUGCAAGUUAUAACAGCUUGCAUACCAUGUUAGGAAAGUUCUUGGCAAUAUACAGGUCACUAUCACCUUCGUCUUUACUUAAUGAGAAACUGUAUAUAUUAAUUUUGUAUGUACAAUAUGAAUUUCCUUUGUACAUACAGUAUAUUUAGUUAACAUUAAUGACCAGGAAAAUAUUCAAAAUGUCUUCCUUUGUUGUACAAGCUACUAUGCGACUCUUGUUAAUUAAAAUAUAAGCUGUGCAUUACUUGUUAAAACUGCGUUAUUUUUUAAAAGGCACAAAAUUGUGCACAAAUUCCAUUGUUUGUAUAUAAAAUCUCAAUUAUGUAACCUUAAUAUCUUUAUCAUAGUCCAGUUAUCAGAUAGCUAAACAAAAAUAAUGCCAAGAUAUAUUUAAAAGGAUAUUGUGUCAAUAUCUGUGUUAUUUUCAUAUUUGCAGUCAUAAUUUAAUCAUUAACAGUCUAAGAUUUUUAUAAAUAUUGUGUAAAAUUUCCCAGUGUCAAUUAUUCAUCAUGCCUAAUCGCAUUUAGCAGAUAUUCUGUUUUACAAAUAUUUACAUUUAAACUAGAAUUAUGCAUUUCAGUAUCACAUAUCGGACAGUCACACAUUAUUACCAUUUCUCGAAGAAUAUUGGUAUGUUUGUUGUGUGUGUGAUGUACACCUGCAUUCAUAAGGAUAUUGCAUGUAUAACCUAAACAUUCAUAGGAAGGUGCAUGCAGAACCUACCAAAAAUAUCGGAGGAGGGUGUAUGCAAAGCCUAUCAAAAACAUUGAUAGGAAGAUGGUGCAUGCAGAUUACCCAAAACAUUCAUAGGAAGAUGGUCCUGCACAGAGCCUACCCUAACCAUUCAUAGGAAGAUGGUACUUCACAGAACCUACCCUAACCAUUCACAGGAAGAUGGUCCUGCACAGAGCCUACCCUAACCAUUCACAGGAAGAUGGUCCUGCACAGAGCCUACCCUAACCAUUCAUAAGAGGAUGGUGCAUGCAGAGACUAUUUUGGUUGCUAAUUAUAUCAAAGUUUAGUGUUGACUAUUCAAGUAUUCUCUUUCAUAUGGUUGGCUUCUGUACAAAUAAAACGGCUCCAACUUGCUGGUAAUAAGGUAGAGAAAUGCAUAGAAAGUAAUAUUUUUAACCACAAGUGUAAAUUGUAUUAGGAAAUAUAAUUAAGCUUAAAGGAAAGAGUAACGAGAAGAGAAGAAAAAUGGUUAAGUAGCUAACAUAUAGUGUAAACUAGAAGAUAAUGAAGAAGGCUACCAAUAUUGCUUGGGAAUGUGACUUCAACAAGGACUGAUCCAUGGGGGACAAUCGUAUUUUAACUUCUGCCACCGUCAUACUUCCAUGUGCAUAAUAUGCACCACAUGUAUGACUUAGUGAAGGCUAUUAAUCAAGUUGAUUGUUUAGAUAUGGAUCUAUAAAUAACAAAGGAAAGCAUACUUAAAACUGCAAUAUCCUGAAUACGUUACACUUGCAGUUUACUCUGGUUGCAAACACACUCCCUGGAAGCUAGCUAUGAAUGGAUACAUGGGAAAUCAUUAGUGAUUACAAAAUCACACGAAAUAUAAAAGGGUGAAUGCAAGGGGCAUACACAGAAUACACCUUCCAAAGCCAUCACCGUUAUAUCUUAGAUAUACAUUUUAUUAUUUUAACUCCAAAUUAUGUUGUUAAGGAUUUACAUGAUACAGGUAAAAAUUUCCAAUAGUUUCACAUUUUAGGAGAUAUCCCUGGUUCUUUUUCUUUUAUCAUAUUGAUAAACUUUUUAAAUAUUUGUUGCAAACCUUUUCUGUUUUCAUUAGUGUUUGUGGAAUGAGUUGGGUGCUCAUGAGCUAAGUACUAGAGCCUGUAUGUUACCUUGUGAGUGUACUGUGCUGGUGCAGUUGUAUGAUCUUGUUGCCACAGUCGUCUGUUGAUUUAGUCUUGAUAUCACACUUGUUUAGUUUAAGUUGUAUAUUUUUAUCCUCUUGAUCUAAGAUAACAUAAAAUGAGAUAAAAGUGCUCCUUUGGAAAGCUAAAAUAUUAUGAGCUUCUGUGAUGGUUUUAAGGAUCUCAGCCAAUGUGACUGCUAGCUGAAAUACGGCCACAUUUCUUGUAAGUUCAUUUAUGAUACAGUAUACUCGGUUAAAUAGGUGUCUAUUAGACAAAUAUGAUACAAAUAAGGCUUUCUAAGCUAUAUAUAUUGUAAAUAAAGUUUAGCAACAAGUGAUUUUGAAUGGUAGGUAGUUUUUCUCUUUGUAUGAAUCUCCAAUGCAGCUAGCCUUACUUAUUAUUAAUAUACCAUAACAUGCUGUUGAGAUAAUUGUUAUUGCCACUAGAAUUCCUGCAGCAAAGCCAAAGUGAGGUUAAGUAAGUUUUAAUAUAGUAAAUGAAAUAAAAUGUGAAAUAAUUUUGAGAAUUACAUAUAUAUAUAUAUAUGUAAUAUUACUAAUUUAUAUAUAUAUAUAUAUAUAUAUAUAUAUAUAAUUAUAUAAUUAUAUAUUAUAUAUAUAUAUAUAUAUAUAUAUAUAUAUAAUAAAAUACAUACUCUAGUUUUGCUUAUUUACAAUUAUAAAAGGAUUAAAUUUUCUUCAAUUUCUUUAAUUAUUUACUUCGUUAUUUUGUGUGAAUCUGUUAUAGGUGCAAUUCAGUUCCUUUAAGUUAUUGUAUUUCUCAUUUUGAUGAAAAAAUCUUCAAGAAAUGGUGACUAAUGACAUGCUUAAAGCAUUUCCACAAAAUUUAAUUUAUUUGCUUGUUUUUUAAAAUGUACCUUGUUAAGGUCUAAAUUAUAAGAGAAUGGUCACCAUAUAUUUACAUUACUAAUUUAAAUCCAGAACAUUGCCAUUGUGUAUUGUUCUAAAAUAUUUACCAAAAAUUACAAGCUACUUCAUAAUUGCUUCCUUGGGCAAAUUCUACCAUCAGUAUUUAGAAAGUCAGUUGCUUUAACCUUCAUUCAAGUAAGCCACAUAGUCUUCCUGCUUGAUUUUUUCUUUUUAUAAUUACUUUCUUGAAGUAAAAGCUUUAUUAAGUAAAACAUUGAUAAAAGUUGUGAAAGAAUUGAAGCCAUUUGUUCAACAUCCUACAAUUUAUUUAUUUUUAAUAAAUCAGAUUAACUGAGUAUGAAAAAUUAUCACCAUUAAAAGAUUUAAUAAUGUCAUAUUUGACUGUCCCAAGUGCAUAUAUACACACUUAAUAAUCUCACAAUGGUGUAGUGAAUUCUUUGGUAACCUACUUGAAGUCUAGAAAUCCCUAGUGCCUCUAGUUGUGAUUUUUACCAGGUAAUGAAAGUCAAUUUUUUUAAGCAAAUGUUACAUAUUUUGUCAACACUUUUAAAAUUCCACUCUGUUGCAAUACGAGUUUAAUAAAUGUAUAUCCUUUUUCCAACCCAAACAAUGUAGAUGGGGUGUCCAUGCAGCCAGUUAGGUGCUUGUAUAUUAUAUUUCUGAGUAGUGUAAUAUUCAUAUUCCUUGUUAAUGUAUGCUCAACACAUCCACACAUCACACACACAUACUCAAUACAAUUCCCAACCUGCACACAGACAUAGUUUAAUGCCAAAUAUCAUAUACACAGGAAUACAUACAUGCAUAAUUCAUAUCCCAACCUACAUGCAAUGUUUAACUCAGCAAACACAUUUUAUACAUACACACACAAUAUGUGCUUGUGGUUGGAAUACGUUAAGUGAGACGAUGGUGGAUGCCAAAACUGUCAGUAGAUUCAAAGCGUUAUAAGACAGAGUACUGGGAAGACAGGACACGAGCGUAACUCUCAUCCUGUAACUACACUUAGGUAAUUACACUUAUGUAGUUACUCGCAGACAGAGGCAGGCAGGCACAGACAUGGCUACGUGUCUUCUGGCCACAACUUAUCCAGAUACUGUAAGCUGGUUUCUCAUUUUUGGUGAUGGUCUGAAUAAAAUUAGAUUAAGUUGUUAAGCGAGUGGUCUAAAUAAAAUGUGCGAAUAAAGCAGCAGUGAGACAUGAGUGUUUGGUGUGGUUUGUGGUGUGGCAUUGGAGCAUUCAUCCUUACAAUUUUUGUAGUGAUCCAAAUGACUACACUCUCACACAAACAUGUACCCACACCCUGACAUCCAUGUGCCAAUAACCACAUGCAGACACCCACACCUACUCACUAUGCCCACACAUCCACUCCCUAUGCCCACAUGCCGAAACCCCCACAUCCACUCCCUAUGCCUUCAUACCCACACAUCCACUCUCUAUGCCCUCAUGCCAAUACCCACUCCCUAUGCCCUCAUGCCAAUACCCACUCCCUAUGCCCUCAUGCCAAUACCCACUUCCUAUGCCCUCAUGCCAAUACCCAUUCCCUAUGCCCUCAUGCCAAUACCCACUCCCUAUGCCCUUAUGCCAACACAUCCAUUUCCUAUACCCUCAUGCCAAUACAGUACCCACACAUCUACUCUCUCCCGACAGCAUGACCAUGUGCAUUCUCCCCCCACCCACACACCAAUGCCAAACACCCCAUGCUAAAUGGAUGAAAAGUAAGAGGAGUGUGGGAAUCGAUAUGUGACUGACUCCCUGCACAAGCUCCUGUGGGGAGGCUGUUGCUAAAAUACAUGAGCCCUAGCAAAAUAUAUAUAUAUGUCUUUGUUAAGUAAAAUUCAUAUUUACAUUCGUUAUAUGAGAGUUGAGUAGGUUUGCCUGAAUGUAAUAGAAGGGCAGCAAGUAAUGUCAAGCUCUUGUGUGUAGAUCUUGCAGUGUGGGAGUUGUGUAGACAAAGGCAUGAAAUAAAAAACCUGGAAGCAGUCUGGCUGCUCAUGAAAAAUAGAGGGAAUUUCAUGUCUCUGAAAAUUUGUGAGUAGUGUUUGUAUACUGAUGGAUGGCUCAAGAGUUUAAAAAGAUUUGUUUAACUCUGCAAGUGGAUUAGAACUGCUCAUAUUUGUCAAUUUAAUAAACUAAUUAAUUUGCACUUAAUAUUGUCAAAUUUUACAUAAAUUUCCAAGAUAAUUACCGUAACUACUUUUUUCGGACUCAAAUGGUUUUUCUUCCGGUCUAGGUUCCAAUUUGCCGGGAAAGCACCUCCGCCUACACACAGCUGAAAUACACAUAAUACAAAUAGUAUUGAAAGGUUGCAUAUUUACUUUUUCUAUAACAUUAAUUUCAUUAUUUGUCAUGUAUGUUGCUGUAGAUUUUGGAAUCUUUAUAUGUAAAAUUAGAAUUAUUGAUAUAUAAGAAUGUGUAUUCUAUUCUUUUCCCUUAACCCCCACCACUUCUAUUGCAAAUAUUGUAUACAUUUGCAACACCCUCUUCCAUAUUGUCAGUGUCGCCCUCUUCCAUAUUGUCAGCGUCGCCCUCUUCCAUACUGUCAGCGUCGCCCUCUUCCAUAUUAUUAGCGUAGCCCUCUUCCAUAUUGUCAGCGUAGCCCUCUUCCAUAUUGUCAGCGUCACCCUCUUCCAUAUUGUCAGCAUUAUCAUUUCUUCCAUAUCAUUGUCAGCAUCACCCUCUUCCAUAUUGUCAGCAUCACCUUCUUCCAUAUUGUCAGCAACACCCUUUUCUUUAUUGUCAGCAUUAUCAUUUCUUCCAUAUCAUUGUCAGCAUCACCAUCUUCCCUAUCAUUGUCAGGAUUAUAACUUUUAUUACCAUUAACAUGCAGUCCUUUUCUUAUACAAAAAAGUAUUCAUAAUGUGUUUGCGUGGAUCGAUGCCCAGGUGAGAAAAUGUGGGGGAGUAAGGGGAUGGUGAUUAUUGUAAACAGAUUGACUGAUGAGGGAGAAGAGAGAGGAGAGAAGUUGAUUAAUUGAUCAAUCAAUUGUGAAAAUGGAUGGAUGUACAGUAUUGAGUUAAGCAAGGAGCCCAAGAUGAGACUAAAAAUUGGCUUCUUGGAUUAAAUUGAUAAUUCUGUCUUAAUGUUUAGCAAACAUGAAUUCUUUAGGCAUUUAAGUUUGCUUUUAAGGUGCUAUUAUUACAUUGGCUGGGGAAUUUUUUCCACUUAUUCAUGAUGAUUCACUACUGUAUAUACAGUAUGUAUAAUUGCUAUUAUAUAUUUAUGUUGUAAAUAUGUACCUCUUGAAUCAUUUCAAUUAUAGUUUCAUUUGGAGAGUGUUAUAUAUAUGCUUUUGUUUUUAUCUAAAUUAAAUUUAUGCAUUAGUAAUGAACAUCAUUUCAUAUUUAUAGUUUCAUUUUAUUCUAAAAUAUUUCACUAGUCAUUUGCAUUGUUUCACAUUAUAUGUACAGAAAAAACUACUUUUAAGAUGUGUGUAUGAUAUACUCCAUCAUUUCCUGUACAUAUACCUUAUUGCAUUAUUUGGUUGUAAUUAAUAUUAUUAUGAAUGUAGUCAAGAGGUUAAUGCCCAAUUAUUGUACAUAUCAGUUUUAAGUCUUGAAAUAUUGACCCCACAGUAUUCCGCUGGUUGUGCUGCACCCCAUCCCGUGAUAUCAAUAAAUGUUGAAGACGAG